UUUUCAUUUUGAGGUUUGAAACAACAACAAGCAAAGUUUGCUGUUUGCCAGUCUUGUUUUGCUUCGCUUUGCAGAAACACAAGAAAAGAUCCUCCUUUAAAACUGAACAUUUUCCACACUUUUCCACACGAUGGCUUCAGAUCCUAGACUACGCCAGCUUAAAAUAAAAACAAACGUGGUAAAAAGGAUAGGAAAAGAAGUUAAAAUGUAUGAAAAGGAAUCACAAAGUUUGGAAGAAAAAGUCAGACAGAUGGAAAGCGAGGGAAAGGAUGAAUAUGACAUACGAAAACAGAAAGAAGUUUUAGCGGAAUCUAAAUCGAUGGUACCAGACACCAACAGAAGAUUAAAAACAGCGAUAGAAGAUCUUAAAUCAUAUAUGGGUGAAACUGAACAGGAGCUGUCUGAGAGCAGAGAAUUUGAGGAAGCAAAGACGUUGCUACAAGAUGUUGAUUCUUAAACUUUUUAAAACAGUCUUACUCAGAUAGAUUUUCAUUUCAUUAUGGUGUAAUAUAGACAUUUCAAUU